AAUGUUGGUCUUCUCUUCCUAUUUCCAUUCUUCUUCGUUUUCUUGUUUUUAAUGAUGGAGAUGUUCGUCUUUUAUCAUCAUCUAAUAUCAACAUAUCUUCCAUUUCAGUCUCUCCUCUCGUUGCUGAUAUUGAUGCUGCUUACAUUGAUUCUGUUACCAGA